AUGGCGUUCCGCGGCAGCAGCGCGCGACUCGCGGCCACGCCAGGGGUCGGCAUCGCGCCAGAGACGACGCCGGUCAAGUACGUGCCGGAGAUGCUAAACAUUCAAAACGCCAAAUGGUGGAACGGCCGCCACAAGCCCGUCUACCGUUCAGUCUACAACGAGAAGUCGUGGCUGCAAAAGGCAAGGUGGGGUGCCUUCAUCAAGGGGAGUCGCCCUGUCAUGCGCCAGCGCUACUCCGCAGCGGCGCUGAAGGAGGCGCUCGAAAUGGUGCCGGAGGGGUUCGAGACAUGCGACGUGCCACGUCCACCGCAGCGCAUCCGGGCACAGUCGGAAGGGGUGGUGGGGCGGUGGUACACGAACUACUGGACUCUGCACUCUGUCCGCUAUCAGUGUCAACUCGCGGAGGUCGAAUGGCCGUUUGGCGAGCGGCAGCGGCCGCGCACGAACUAUGAUGAGCCGUACAUGUAUACCGACUUUGAGGAGACGAAGGCCAUUCGCGACUACCGCAGCCGCUGGAUCAACGUCAACCGCUCCCUCGUCGGCAUGUCGAAGCGAAUGAAGGAGGCGGAGGAGGAGUCACGCUACCUGCACUUCAAGAAGGUGCAGGACACCUUCUGGUCAAAUAGGAAGGUUCUCGUGAACCGCAUCAAGUCGAUGCACAACCAGGGGACGCUGCAGUCGGCCAAGGACCUGCCCCUUAAGUCAAUCAACAUCAAGGCGUUUCUGGCAGAGUAA